AGCUGGGGUGGUUUUGGAGGGCUGAAGCCCCGCCCCACGCGCUCAUGUGGGCCAGUGAGUGUUGUUGGACAUGACAUCAUCUUUAUUUUCAGUGCGCGAGCUGAGCCGUGCCUCCGGGAAAGAAAGAAGAAGAAGAAGAAAGAAGAAAAAACAAAAACAAAAACAAAACAAAAAAAACAACCCACCAAGAAAGUUUGUCUCCACGUCGGAAGUGUGAGAGGAUGUUUCAGGAUCUUGCUCGAGACGGAGGAAAACUUUCCCUGAAAAGUUGCUGCUGUUGUUGUUUUUAAUGAACGGAUGCCAGAGUGAUCGGCUGGAACUUUUUUAAGGUGCGCGGGUUUGGGGAUCGGUUUUACGCGCGCGUCUUUCUGCAGAAAUCUUCCAUAUUUGUUCGUUUAUUCUUUUGAAAAAUGGAUGGAUUGUUUUAUAAUGAAGCUCUAGAUGGUGUGUUAAACCAGCACCACCAUCAUCAUCAUCAUCCUCAUCACCACCACCACCACCAUCACGGCGAGGCUGGAGGAGGGAACGGAUACGAAGCCCUGACGCGCAACAUGACCCUGAACCUCGCCGACGCUCACGACGCGCUCACGCUCACGUCCCCCGACCUCAAUUUACUCAAACUCACCUCCCCGGAGUUGGAGCGACUCAUCAUCCAGUCCUGCAACGGCUCAGCUCCGACGACUCCGGCUUCCGGUCCGGCGCGCGCUUUCCCCGCUCCAAAACCCGCCGCGGACGAGCACGAUGCCUUCGCCGCCCUGGCUGAGUUUCAGUGCCAGCAGAGGAUGUCCGGUAACCCCGACGAUGUCGGACCUGUAGCUCCGGGAUCGUCUCACGCCUGCGCCGGGUUUGCGGAGCAUCUGAACCACACGUGGGACGCGUACACCGACACGCCGCCGCCGUGCGUCCCUGCGCAGUUCGGCGCGUACAAGGACGAGCCGCAGAAAGUCCCCGAGACGCCGCCGCUGUCUCCCAUCGACAUGGAGGACCAGGAGAGGAUCAAAGCCGAGAGGAAGCGCAUGAGAAACCGCGUGGCCGCCUCUAAGUGCCGGAAGCGGAAGCUGGAGCGGCUCGCGCGGCUGGAGGAGAGAGUGAGCCGGUUAUCGGGGGAGAACGGAGAGCUGCGCGGCGCCGCCGAAACGCUCAGAGACCAAGUCGCGCAACUCAGACACCAGCUCCUGGAUCACAUCAAGAGCGGCUGCAAACUCCUCAGCCAGCAGCUGCAGACUGUUAAAGAGUUUUAAAGGCUUCUUUUUUUUUUACAUUUCUUUCUGGCCCAGAAAUUAGCUCCACCCCACAGCUGGAUCAGAGCUACUUCCUACCCCCCCCCCCCAAAACGCACCUUACUCUGCACACGUACUGUAGUUUCUCCACAGCGUGUUGGGUCAGACGUCAUUUUCGCUCGGGCAUCAGAGGUGACUAAAAUGACAUACGGCUCCUUUAAUACUUUAAUCGGACUGCACUGUAAACCUUGUCUUCCAACGUGUAAAGGAAGUCGUCUGUGCUAGACGGCUUCGUGGACCUUUUCACAGGUGGCACGGAGGGCACCGUCGCCGCCUCACGGGGUCCGGGGUCGGAUCCUGAACUCGGGGUUCCUCGCAAAAAUAUGCCGGUGACUUUAAAAUGAUCCAAACCGGGGUGCAUUCCCACCUCAGGCCUGGUGUUCCCAGAAUAAUCUCCAGCUCCACCUCCACCUGACCUCUAUAAAGCACUUACUGAAUAUAAAUGAAUGAACUGCAUAUUAACACGUGAUGUCAACUUUCCCCCCAUUUAUCUUUUUACUAAUAUACAGAUUUGCACUGUUUUUAAGAUUUCUAAAUUGUAAAAAAAAAAAAAAAUUAUUACGUGUAAACAUUUUAUAUCAUCAAUCAACCUGUAUAUGGCGUUGUUUUUCCCCACGGCGACAUGACGGUCCACGUACAAUACAAAAGCAACUGUUACACACUUUCAGUGCAUCUUAAAUAAAUAAAUAAACAAACAAACAAACAAAUAAACA